AUGCCUCCAAAGAAGCGCUCGCGCCUGCAGAUGUCUUCGACGCCAACCACCAUUCGAGAAGACAGUGCCAUGGACGUUGAUUCUCCUCGGAUAAGCGCAACGCCAGGCUUCCUCUCUUCGGCAUUCAAGCCCAUCAUACCGGUCACACCGUACGAUAAUCUCUGGACGGACGACCAGAUCUCUUCACUAUUCAAAGGCGUCAUUCGCUGGAAGCCUGCUGGGAUGCAUAAACACUUUCGAAUGAUAGCAAUAUCGGAACACCUGCGCAACCACGGCAUCGAUCCUGAUAUCCAUCGUCACACACGCAUCCCCCACAUCUGGGAGAAGCUACGGACUUACUACGAUCUCGACCUGAUUGACGAGCGAGAGUACUUUGACGACGACGAAGCAGAGGACAAAUAUGUCGAGUUCUCUCUCCCCUUUCACGAAUUCGGCGAAUUGAUGCUGCAGCGCGCCAUUGCGGAUCCGAGCGAAGCACCCACGUCUCCUCCCCAGCUGGAGCUUUCCCCCCCGCCCCAGAAGCGUUCGCGAGCUAGCACCGCGCCGAAGACGAGGGGAGCCUCUGUUGAAGGCGCCGAGAGCAGUGCUGCUGCUUCUGCAGCGUCACCGGCACUGAAGCCGACAAAGGGCACAAGAGGCCGCAAGAGAGCAGCUAGUCAGUCCAAAUUCGAAAAAGAAAGGGUGGUGGAAAAUUCUGAAGACGACGAGGACGAGUCAGAGGAGGAGGAUGAGUCUGGCUCGGAGGAGAGUGACAGUGAAAGCGCAGAGAGCGGAUCUCCCGCCCCGAAACCAGCGAGAGGGGGGCCGGGCAGAGGCCGUGGAAGAGGACGCGGACGGGGCAGGAGAGGCAGAGGUAGGGGC